AUGGCGCCUGGCCGGAAGUCCCGUCACUUCCGGCUCCGGCGGCUCCCGCGGUCUCACGGCGAGAGGGCGCCCGGCCGGAAGUCCCCUCACUUCCGGCUCCGGCGGCGGCUCCCGCGGUCUCACGGCGAGAGGGCGCCCGGCCGGAAGUCCCCUCACUUCCGGCUCCGACGGCGCUCCUACCGGCCGCUAAGCGGUCCCGGCGCGGGCUGGAGCCUCGGCACAGCACGGGCGCGGGAGAGUGGGGGCGGCCCGGCUUCCCCGGUUCGGAGCGGCCGGGUGUGUCCCCGCCCCGAAAGCCGGCUGACAGCCUGGCGGGAGGGAGAUUUCCGCGCUUGCGCAGCGGAACGCGCGUCCGGUCUCGGCGCGCCGCGAGGCCGGGCUGUGGGGGCGGGGCUCGGAUCCCGGACCCCCUGCGAGUCGGGUCUCUGCGGUGCCGCCCUGCGCGACCGUGGACCGGGCCUUGAAGACGCGCGCGAGCAGGCGGUUGGCUCGUGCGGGACGGCCCCGCGGACACGCGCGCAGCCCGGGGCCGCGGAAGCGUUUGGGGGAGCUUCCGGGGAAGUUCCCGCAGGUUUCACGGCGAGCGGAGGGACCCUCCGGGCGCCGCAGUCCGGUGUUCGAGCGAGCGGGGCGCCUCGGUCCGGAAGCCGGGGCCGGAGCCCUGCACCGCGGUGCGGCGGGGGCGGCGGCGUCGAGUCUGCGCGAACCGGAACCUGCCGGGACCGCGGCCCUGUCCUCGCGGACGAGCGGCCCCGAGCUCCCCGAGCCGCGGGCCGGGCGGAAGCCGUGCAGUCGGCGCUGGGACGGGAGCCCGCCUUCGGCCCAGGGGGCUCGGGGGUAAAGCGGACUUUCCAGUCAGCGCUCAUCCCUUUGUUUCCUCCGCGCCCGACGUGGGGCCCGCCGAGGGCUCCUGGGUACCGGCUCUCCGAGCCAGGGGCAGCCGGACCUGGGCUUCGGGACCGACUUGCUGAGCCCAUGCCCCGGUGGCGUCCAGAUUGCCCUGGGGAGUCCCGGGGCAGAGCAGCUUGGCCUGGCGUGCGCCGUGGCUUCCUUGGAGGUGUCCCGGGUGGGAACCUGGAGGACCGCGGGAGGCGGCUCGCGGCUCGCUGGGGUCGGGCAGGGUGUCUGAGGGAGCCGCCCCCGCAACCGAGGACCCCGUUUCUGCCUCAGCCAGACUCCUUGCUGAUGCCCCGGGGACGCUGGCUGCCGACUUCGGUUUUUGUCCUGGGUGGAGAGGGAAGGAGCCCGUGGGGAGGCGGACAGACUUGGGGGCCAGGUGCCUCCCAAUUAGGGAUCUUGGUUUGGUUCCGUCGGUGAAACUCCAGCUUUGGGGAGGAAACAGAAACGAAGAAGCAUUCAGUUAAUUGGCGAAGCCAACUUCUAGAGCGGGGCCAAUGCGGACAGGUACUCCGGCUCAUUUAGUCACAGUUCUGUUCUGUGUUCUUUCUGAACUUUUGCCCAGGAAGAUGAGGGAUAUUACUUCUGUUCCCCAAGAAGGUCCACGAGGGUAUAUUCUAACUUUUUUUAUUAUUUCUUAAAGAUUUGAUGCAUUUAUAUGAGAGAGUGUGUGUGCACGCAUGCGGACACACAC